AUGCCCGCCAGCAAUGCUUACAUCUGCAGGUGUGAUCAGGACAUCUUGAAGGCGGCCAUCAAUGGCAUCCAUACGCAGCUUGCCUGUGACUUUCGACCUGCAUGUUGGAAACUCCAAGUGCUGGACCUCAGAAGCGACGCUGAGAUCAACUUCUGGCACGUGUGGGCUGGGCUUGGGGACAGGGUCUUAGUGAGCCCCUCACGGGAGAGUGGGGCUGCGCAGCCCAGGCCAGAGAGGCGCGGAGAGGGGCCCUCCAGCACAGGGGAGAAGCAGCAGUUCGCCUCCACGGAGGUGCUGGUGCUCCUCUCGAACCUGUGCUUCAUGGAACCCCCUGCAGAUGCCCUGCUUUCCUGCCUGGUGAAGAGGGUCAAACAGAACAAACUUAUCCCCCAACUGUGCUGUAGGAAACUGGAAAUUCCUGAUGAGCCGCUGGAAAACUCUAUUAUGCGCAGGAUCUUGGAAAAGGUCGAGCUAGUUCGUGUGGAGCAGGUAGAAGUGAACUGUGAGUGGAAUUUGGUUUACCUGGCCUUGUUUGUUCAUUUUCUGCGUCAGAUGAUUCAUCUGAAUAGACUGUUUCUCAGUGGUGUCCAGGUUCACGCCUCGAUCUCCUCAAGAAAGGUAAACAGGUUUUGGGCCAAAUUCACCACCCAGUUCUCUGAACUGCAACAAUUUCAGCAUCUCCACCUCGACUUCAUGCGCUUUCCGGCAGGUCGCCUACCCCAGAUGUUCAAGUACCUACAAGCUCCCUUGGAGAGCCUCUCUAUAACUAACGGUGGCCCGAUGGAGUGUGACUUGAAAUAUCUGUGCACGUGCCCAAGCGCUAGCCAGCUCUGUCUCCUGAAUCUCAGCGACCAACAGCUAACACAUUUUAACCCACACUAUCUUCACACUCUGCUGGAGAGAACCUCUGCCACCCUGAAACACUUGAACUUAGGUGGGUGUAGAAUGACAGAUUUCCAGUUCACCACCAUCUUGCCUACCCUGGGCCAAUGCUCCCGGCUCUGCUGCUUCAAGUUCCCUGGAAACACCCUCCGUAUGGCUGCCCUGGAGAACGUUCUAAGGCAUGUCCUCCGUCAGUGCAAGAUGCGAUUCCAAGAGCUGUCCCUCCCUGUGGAGUGCGGUAUGGACCCCCAAGUGACUAUAAAUUUGAAGGCUAUUGAGGACUGGCAGGACAUGCUCCGUGUGAUAGAGAUGGACCUAGGGGUGCAGCUAAAGUGGAGGGUCCAGGCGAUGGUGGAGGCCUGGCCGUUCCCCUACCUCCCCCUGGGGGCUCUGCUGGAAACUCUGCAGUGUGAUCAGGACAUCUUGAAGGCGGCCCUCAAGGGCAUCAAUGUGCUGCUUGCUGGUGACCUUUGA